CGAAUGGGACAGUUCCGGCGUAGACAGCUGUCCCUUGGGACAAAAUGUCAAUUCUUGCAUUGGAUAUGAAGCCGAUGAGUCUAACUGGAUGAUUGCCUCAUGGUUUUGCGAUGCCGCGCUUUCCAUCACAGGCCACGGUGUCUCGCUCAAAACUACUGACAUCACUCGGUAUGAAACCUGUCUCUGCAGAGCCGAUCUCCCUAGACGUGGCGUGGCACAUCUUCAAUCACAGCGAAGCCCAUGUCCAGUCCAAGUUCACGCGAUGCUCGCGCACUUGGCAUUCGUUCUUCAACCCAAAGUUUUACCGAAAUGAUGUGAAAACGGGAAAGUACUCUGCCGUUUUCAACACCAUUGCCAACUGUACAGAUACGCGGGUGGCUCUCGCCACGCUCCAGCAUACCUUCCAAGCCGGCGCUGACUACAACAAACCGGCCACCAUGUAUAUGACCGAGACCCAUCGAUGCAGCCCUUUCCUCGUUACGGCCCUGUACCUGGCCGCUUCGAAAGGCUAUUCUGACAUUGUAUCGUUUCUCCUUGAUCACGGCACCGAUAUCGAUGGGGUCCCGGACUGCCGGCUACGCACUCCCGCCUUCCUAUCUCUUCUCAGCGGAGACGCCAGGACAUCCAUGAUUCUCCUUCGGCGUGGCGCACGGCUUGAGUCUUCCGAGUUUGGCAUCAACGCCCUCCAUCAAGCCGCCGCCGCCGGGCUCACCGAAGUAGUCACGUACCUUGUCGACGAGAAAGGAAUGGAAGUGAACGAGGCCGACAACAACGGGGACACGCCGCUGAUUCACUCCCUGUUGUCUCCGUCGCCAGAGACGGUCAUAGGUCAGCUGGCGCAGUUCGGCGUCGACGUGAACCAGCCAACGACGAUCGACACAUGGCGUAUGACGGCCCUCAGCAUGGCGUGCGAGGACGGCAUGUUCUCCGCCGCCCUGGCACUGUUGAAGGCUGGAGCGGACGCCACGGGCAAGCUGGACGGAUUGGUCGAGGGGGCCGACCCGGCGCUUCGUAUCUUCGACCAGAAGCCGCUCGAGCUAGCGCUCCUGGCCCGGGUCAAAGAAACGGAUGGCAGGACGGCAUCGGCGAAGCAACGGCUGAUCGAACUCCUCCUCAAAUCAGGCGCUGACCCAAACGAAGUGGUUUGCAUAUCGGCGCGCUGCAACUGGACAGGGCCUCUGUUGCUGAAGCUGGCUCGAGAGCGGCGCCGCUGGGAGGCCGAGAUGCUGCUUUCUUCGGGUCUUGUAAACAUUGACAGGCGCGAUUCGCAUGGCGCGACGAGUCUCGACUGGACACUUUCCACAUGCCACGGCAAUCCCGUGAUGGCGUCGAUCUUGCUGCGACGUGGUGCCAAGAUGGACGAUGCCGUGUUGUGCGACAUCAUCAGCAAGCUGGCGCGGCUUGCGGACGCACAAGACCACUGGAGUGUGAUCAGCCUGUUGACGCGAGAGCCUAAGCUGUUGAAGAUAUUCCAUGUGCUGUAUUCGCACUGUUUCUGGGCAGCAUCCCGGGGCGGCGACGCUGCCGCAUCACGGUUUCUGCAAGAGUCGCCGAGCGUGAUUGUGCGACUCGUCAUGGAGAUGCUGAAGGAUGGUGUGAGUCUGACGAAGACGGGCGUCUUGAACAUGCUGCGAAACGCGAAGGAUAGUAGGCCAGGGCCGGUAAUCGCAGGGGUUUUCCGAUCAGAAAGAAAGAGCGCCAUGCGAAGGUGGUGUUAGUAUGGUGGGGUGAGAUGGUAGGGGAGAGAUGCGGGACUGCCAACAUAAGAGAAAUGGUACCAGGGAGGGAGGCAAUUGGUAGACGAAGCCAGUGAUAAGGUAAACAGCUGCCAGUCAUAGACGUGACAUCACAUCCCUGAUGGAAGGGGAGGUUACAUUGCUUAGUAGGAAGCUCAUAGUCCCGGAUAGCUUUCAUUACGAUU